AUGGACGCUUCCCAGUACCCUACCAAUGGUAUAAACACGACGUCGGCCUCCUACCCGUCGCCCCCCGCCAUCACGCCUCAUCAACUUCAGCACACCAACUCCCCGCUGCCUCACCAGACUCUGCCGCCUUUGCAGCCGCAGACCUCCGCCGCCAUGAACCAAAUGUACGGCAGCAACCCUCACACUCCUCGCACUCCUGCGACUCCCAACACUCCGGGCUCCCAGAACAACAUGCCGCCGUACCAGCCUCAACAGCAGCAGCAGCAGCAACAGCAGCCCCGCGGUCCUUACCAGCAGAUGGGCCAGUAUCCUCCCCCGCCCCAGGCCUACGGCACUCAGUCCAUGCUGCCCCAGACCACGAUGGCUUCUUCUCACCCGCAGCCCAUCGCGCCUGCUCCCGCGUCUGGACGCGUCCCUCCCAUCCUGCGUCCCAUGCCCGCCGGUGGUGUCAUGCCCCAGCCCGGUAUGAACUCUCCCUACGGCCCUGGCGGUGUCAUGCCCGGUGGCAUGGGUGACGCCGAUCAGCCUACACAUGUCGUCGGCUCUCAGGGUCGCCGUGGCAUUCUCCCCAGCGCUCCUGGCCGCCCUGCCGCCACUCCCGCUGGCGCUGGCAACACCAAGAGCACCGUCAUUCCGGUCAAGGAUGCCGAUGGCAAGUUCCCUUGCCCUCACUGCACCAAGACCUACUUGCACGCGAAGCACUUGAAGCGCCAUCUCCUGCGCCACACGGGCGACCGCCCCUACAUGUGUGUGCUGUGUCGCGAUACUUUCUCGCGAAGUGACAUUCUCAAGCGUCACUUCCAGAAGUGCUCCAUUCGCCGAGGUAACCCGACUGGUGCUAGUCACUUGUCUCACCCUCAGGCUCAUGUCAAGAAGAACGCUGCGCAGCAGCAGAAGGCAGCUCUUGGUCAGGAUGGCGGUCUGAACCACCUCAAUGGUCUGGGUAACAUGCCUGCGGAUGGCAUGGUUCAGCCUUUUGGUAUGAUGCCUGUGUCGGACGGGAUGAACAACCUGGCAAACGACCAGAAUCAGUUGUCGCGCGCCAGCAGCCUGACUAGGCUUGAUAAUGGCAGUAACCAAGACAGACGGGAUUUGACAGGUUCUGUCAUGGAUGCUUCUGGCCGAGGUGGCAACUUCGAGCAGGCAUACAACGGCAAUGUCCCUAGCUCCAUGACGCCCAAUAUGAAUCAACAGAUGCAAAACUACAAUAUGCCCCCGGGUCAAAAUGGAAUGUCCAUGUAUGGCGGGUCGAACUCGAACCAACAAUCGGGCCUUGAUUGGUCUCAAAUGUUCCAGGCUGGUGCGCAACAAACCUACGCAAAUCAUACUCAAUUCCCCCCUAAUCUUGGACAGACGCAGAUCGCAACCAAACCAGAGCCUAAUACCGGCGUCGAAAGUACAGAAGGUCCGCCUGACCACCCAAACCACCCCGAUUCUCUAUUUUUCUCGACUUGGGACGUGCCGCCAUCGAUCCAAGAUCCCUUUACCCAUCUCUCCAACCAGAUCCUCAACUUCUUUUACCCUCCAGGUUCCCCGAUUACCGACGAAAGCGCCGGCUUCAACCUAUACUUCUCCGCCGAAAACAUACGCGAUUUCUUGGAAAAGUACACUCAUUUCCAUGUCCAUUUCCCCAUUCUCCAUACACCCACGUUCCGUAUCAUGGAAGCCUAUACAGGCUUGUUGGCUGGCAUGUGCUGCAUGGGCGCUUGCUACUCUGACCGUCUUUCCCCAGAUCACUUGCGCGACAUGAUGAAUUUCCUCAGGUCCGCACUGGUUCGCGACGUGCCGUUCUUGGCCAACUCGGUGGGCCAACAGCAGAAUGGUAACGCUGACGCUGGUGCCUCAAGUAACGGUCACCGGGACCUUGAGCAACUCCAGGCUGUGAUGCUGCUCCAAAUUCUGCUGAUCUGGAAUAGUACGCCACAGCAUCGUGAGAGCGCUCGUGAGAUUUUCCCAGCCAUGGCGGAGCAGACUCGUCGUCUUCGUCUCUUGGAGGUCUCCACCAGCAUGCCCCUCUUCAGUCCGCUGCACCAGAGCAACUUUACCCCUCAGAACUACGACGUCUCCACAUUCGAUUGGGGUGUGUGGGUUGAACAGGAAAAGCGGAUACGCCUGAUGCACAUCAUCUUCCUCUGCAACUCCGCCAUGGAACUUUAUUUCAACGCCCAGUCUCAACUCGACAGCUUCGAGAUGCACAUCCCGCUGCCAUCUGAUGAUGCAGCGUGGGACGCACGGACGAAGAAGGAUUGCGAAGAUGCUCUGGGCUUACACGGAGACGAGUUGGCACAGCAAAAGAACCCCAACGGCACACGGCGCAGCAAGCAACCGGAAAUGGACUAUGCUCUCCAAGCUUUGCUUCACGGAUCCUACCAGAUUCAGCCAGGCAGGACGAAUCUGUACGGAAAAUUCAUCAUGAUACACGCCAUUCUGUCCUUGAUCCGACGAGCUCAACUGGACGGUAGUGCCGUUAUGAAGGGUUACGCGACUCCACCAAUGAGCGAUUGGAUGGUGAAUGGUGGAUCAGACAAUGGCAUCACCAGCGGCAGAGCAACACCUGUUGACCCAGCUUUGCAGGGCAUUCCGGUACAGGUGCACGAUUCAUUCCGCGUGGCUCUGCAAAAGUUCAAGACCAACUGGGAUACCGACAUGGUGAACCAAUUCCCUCCUGGGUCGGCGAGGAACGUCCGUAGGUAUGGUUUCUCUAGGGACGGCAUCCAUUUCUACUGGCUUGCAAAGUACCUAUUGAAGCAUACUCGGACAUCAGAGCUGCAAAUGGAAUCGGAUGCGCGUUUCAUGCAGGUGAUGCAACUGCUGAAGUCGGUGAAGGCGUGGGUAAUGUCGGACGGGGCGUCUAGGGGUGAGGAUAUGGGAUCGGUUGGAGAGAUCGACAAGGAUUUUGGAGUGUCAAAUCUGACACUCGACAUGGCACGACUUUUCAAACCUCUUCCGGCGGUGGUGGAGGAUCCAGGCAUACCUUCUGUGCAAACGAACAUCGGCACAACGGGCGGCGGCAUGCUUUGA